AUCACUGAGUAAAGCUUUCCUUACCUUUCCAAAACAUUCACAAUCAAUUAUAUGAUGAGCAAUUGUCUUGCUUUAUGCCUUCUCUUCACAUUAUCUUCAGUGGUCUUUUGUUCAUUAAUACCUUUAACAGAUGCCUGGAAAAUUGAGUCGGGUGAAAUUCCAGUCGAAAGUAUGAUGUCAAGUGAAGAAAUGAAUAUGGAAUUGGGAAAUAUACCUCAAUGGGUUGAUGAAUCGAGCUUUACAUCAAGAAAUCAGCAAAAAAGCAGUCCUUUGGGACUUCAUCCUCGACGUCUAUGGAUUCCCCAGAACAACCAAGGAGACACUAAAGGAAGAUUAUAUCGGGCAAAUAGAGAGCGUCGAUUCUUUUGUAAUCCAAUGGGAUGUGUCUAACUGAUUCUAUUGUAAACACUUGAAAUAACUGCCUACUGAAUAGAUAUAUGUGUACAACAUAAUUAAAAUGAAAUAAAUUUUCUCUUUUCACAACCUAA